AUGUCUUGCGAUUUAACUGACCCCGAAAUUUCAGUAGCAUAUGAAGCGAUCACUAGUUCAGGUGGUCUUGAAGAACUUCGUAAUAAUCUCAAGGAAGAAGUACUUUAUGGAUUUUUAAGAAUUGAAAAUAGAUUUGUCUUAUUAACUUAUGUAAGCGAAUCAGUCAGUGGUGUACGAAGAGCUCGUGCCUUGGUCCAUGGAAGAGCUGUUGGUGCUUUAUUUAAGCAGGCGCACCAAAUUCAGAUUAGCGCUAAUACUCCUAAUGAUCUUACAGAAGCUAAUGUACGUAAUCGUUUGAAACUUGGAGAACCAUCCGAGAGACCAAUUUCUCCUUCCCCUCAAACCCCAAAACGUAUUCAAAAUUUAGGAAAUACACCGUCAAAAAGACGAGCAGCAGUUGAAGAAGCUGAAAGACAAGCUCGUGAAAAAGGAGAACGUGAACAAAGACGAGCAGCUGAACAAGUUGCUAGGGAAGCCGCUCAAAGGAGAGCUAUGGAAGAAGUAGAGAAAAGAAAAAUCGAAGCUGCCGAUCAAGAAAGAAAAGAAAAGGCAGCAGCAGAAGCAAGGGCUAAAGCUGAAGUUGAACGAAAAGCUCGUGAAGAAGCUGAUCGAAAGCGUAAUGAAGAACUUAAAACUAAAUUUGCAGAAUUGGAAAAGAGUGGAAAGGUUACGCUAAAAGGUUACAUUACAGUUCAAGGUGGAGGUGUUUAUUUCUGGAAACGUCGUUUCUUUGAACUUCGAGGGAAAACACUUUACCUCUAUCGAGAUGAAACCGAUAAAUUACCAAUUUCCAAACUUGAUCUCGAUGGACAAGUUUCUGGCGUAACGGAUGCUCAAUCCGAAGUAUUAAUACUUAAUUCAUUUAAAGUUGAUUUUAAAUCUACAGAAUCUUAUUAUUUCUUUUCGGAUGAUAAGAAGAAUAAGGAACAGAUUGUGGCAGCUAUAGGCAGAUAUGUCAAUGUGAAAUAA